CUCUUUUCUUCCUCCUCAUCACGCGUCGCCGCCUGCUCCCGCCUGCUCCGCCGCUGCUCUGCCGCCUGCUCGGUUGCUGCUCGGCCGCUUAGAACUUAGGGGUGCUUUGUUGGCUUCAAGACAGUAGAGUUGAUCAAAAUUUGCCUGAAUUCAGUUUGAUAGUUGUGAUUUACAUUAUGGGAGUGCAAAUCUGUUGCAGGGUGCAGUUUAUCAAGUUGAAGAGAAGAGAAGAAAAUGGUGUGCAUUCGACAGGCAACCGUAAAUGAUCUGCUAGCAAUGCAGGCAGGCAACCUGCUAUGCCUACCGGAGAACUACCAGAUGAAGUACUACCUUUACCACAUCCUCUCCUGGCCUCAGCUCCUCUUUGUUGCAGAGGACUAUGAUGGGCGCAUUGUCGGAUACGUCCUCGCCAAGAUGGAGGAGGAUGCUUCGGAGCCUUGCCACGGCCACAUCACCUCUCUCGCUGUUCUUCGCACCCACCGUAAGCUUGGUCUUGCCACCAAGCUCAUGACUGCUGCCCAGAAUGCCAUGGAGUCUGUUUUUGGGGCUGAGUAUGUGUCUCUUCAUGUCCGCCGCAGCAACCGUGCUGCCUUCACUCUCUACACCUCCAGCCUCAGUUAUCGCAUCCAUGAUGUGGAGGCCAAGUACUAUGCUGAUGGGGAGGAUGCCUAUGACAUGAGAAAACAGCUGAAGGGGCGCCCGCAUGGCCAUAGCCACAGCCAUGGCCACCAUCACCACCACCAUGGAGGCUGCUGCUCAGGGGAGUCUAAGGCUGCAUCUUUUGUAGAUGUCAGUGUAGCAGUUGAUCCAGCUGCUGGCGCAUCUGGCUCCAAUUCAUUAGCUUCAGUUCCAGCUUCAGCUGCUGGGGAGUGAGAAACUUGUGUUUUAGGUACACUUGGUGACUUGGAUGCUUUCAUGUGUGUUUUCCAGUUUCUUUUUUGACUGGGGUCCAUCGUUUAGAAUACUUUAAGUAUUGAUCUUAUAUUUGUGGUAACUUACAUUCUCUGUUUCUCGUUUUUGUUGACAUGUUCGGAUUUUGUAAUUGUUUAUGCCAUCAAUGGCUUCAUGGUGUGCAUCUUAUGAUUA